GGCAUCGUCGCUGCUCGGGGAUGGAGCCGGAAGAGGGGACACCGCUUUGGCGGCUGCAGAAGCUGCCACCGGAGCAGGGCGCCGGGCUUCUUCAUAGAAUUAUUGAUGGCAUCUGCGGCCGGGCUUAUCCUGCCCACCAGGAUUACCACAGUGUCUGGAAUUCAACUGACUGGAAGCUUGUUCUAGAAGAUGUUACCACGUUUUUCAAAGCUGUAGUUGGCAAAAAUAUUUCUGAAGAAGAGACACUGCAGCAAUUGAACCAACUGAAUUCAUGUCAUCAAGAAGCUGUUUUAAAAUGUUUAAAGAGUAGGAGAAAUGAGAUCAAGCAGGCCCUGUUAGGAGAAAUAGUUGAUAUCUCUUGUGCGCAGCUGCAGGAUUUUGAUUGGCAAUUAAAGCUUGCACUUUCUAGUGACAAGAUCGCCACCCUGCAGAUGCCCCUCUUAAACCUUCAUCUGGAUGUGAAGGAAAAUGGUGAAGUGAAACCGUACUCCGUUGAAAUGAGUAAAGAGGAGCUACAGAAUCUGAUCAGCUCCUUGGAGGCGGCUAAUAAGGUGGUCCUGCAGUUAAAAUAACUGGAAAUGGUGAACGUCAACGCUAUCAGAUUUCAGUGCUGCACCGUGGCAGUGUGGACGCUGGGCUCAGGGUGGACGCUCCAGCAGCCGAGCAGCAGCAGCAGCAGCGCUGACAUUACAAAGAUAAGAAUCUGGCAGGACAGGAAAUUGUGUGACACAGGAUAAAAGAGGAAAUCGCUGAAGAAGCAGCCGUGUUUUCAGUGACUGCUUUGUCUCAUUUAUUAAAUAUCGAGGAAACUUUGUUGAUAACGCUUUAUCAAAAGGUAAAAAUAAGUUCUGAAGUAAUGUAAACACACACAGAGCACAGACAUACUGGACUGUUCUUAAAUGUGAAUAGCAAGACAUGCGUUCUCAAUAUAUAAUUUGCGAUAUUUGAAAAUAAUGUUUUAAGGCAUAUCCAAGCUACAUAUGUAACUUAGGAGGUUCUAUGUCUUUCUCAUGUUUCAAAGAAAAUAUUUUUAAGUUGUAAAGUUUUAGAGAAAAGUCUGUUAUCAGACACGAGCAAGAAAACAUUUAAAAUUUGUAUGUGUAAUUUGGGAGUAAUUUGAAUAACAUAAAAUUCCCAAGAAUUUUAUAAACUAAAACAUAAACUACAAGAAAUGAGAAUAACAUUGCUAUUUUUCACAUCCUCACUUCCUUGGGAGACGUAGGGCUGAGGAAAUGAGAAAGUUGUCAUGGGUGGUGUGGUUACGUAUUGUUACUCACUAAGGUCCGAAUAUGGAAUUUGAACUUUUGGAUGGUAACAAAAUAAUUGUAAUAUACUUACCACUUACCACUUCAGCUAACUGAAAAUAAGCAUUCUGAAUAAAUAAAAGUGUCUGGUUGUCUCUUCA